CAUGUUGGGCGUCGUUGUUCUCAGAGCCACUUCACCGGCGCUCCGCGGGAGCGGUUCGGAGCUCGGCCUUUGGAAGCGUCCCAUCCCCUCGUUGCUUCAGUCGUCCCCCGUGAGCACCUCGCGGUACUAUAUAGGCCUCUGUGUCCUUUUCCAGUUCCUGUAAGCUCCUGCGCAUCCCGCAACGCUUUCAGAGCUGAUUUGACCCUCGGCACCCGCCGUAGGCUACCGUCUUGUCAGCUGCCGGCGCCUUUGUGAAGCGGCGGAAGAGAAGCGGGACGUGCGGUUGAGGGUGUCUGGAGCUGGAGGAGGUCCCGCUGCAGGAUUCCAGCCAUGUCUGACAAAAGUGAACUGAAGGCGGAGUUGGAGCGCAAGAAACAACGAUUAGCUCAAAUCAGAGAGGAGAAGAAAAGAAAGGAGGAGGAAAGAAAGAAGAAAGAAACUGAUCAGAAGAAAGAAGUCCUUCCUAUACAAGAAGAAUCUGAUCUUGAAAAGAAGAGAAGAGAAGCUGAAGCAUUACUUCAGAGCAUGGGGUUGACACCUGAGUCUCCUGUUGUCCCUCCUCCUACCUCUCCGUCUUCCAAAUCUGUGAGUACACCAAGUGAGGCUGGGAGCCAGGACUCUGGUGAUGGUGCUGUUGGAUCUAGACGUGGACCUGUUAAACUUGGAAUGGCCAAAAUUACACAAGUUGAUUUUCCUCCUCGAGAAGUUGUUACAUAUACAAAGGAGACGCAAACACCUGUUAUGACUCAGCCAAAGGAAGAUGAGGAAGAUGAAGAUGAUGUGGUUGCACCAAAACCAUUAAUUGAACCUGAGGAAGAAAAAACCUUAAAAAAAGAGGAGGAAGAAGAAGCUGCCCCUCAUGAACUUACAGAAGAGGAAAAACAACAAAUUUUGCAUUCUGAGGAAUUUUUAAGUUUCUUUGACCACUCUACAAGGAUUGUCGAGAGAGCCCUGUCUGAGCAAAUCAACAUCUUCUUUGACUACAGUGGGAGAGACUUAGAAGACAAGGAAGGAGAGAUUCAAGCUGGAGCAAAACUGUCCUUAAAUAGGCAGUUUUUUGAUGAACGUUGGUCAAAGCAUCGUGUUGUCAGUUGUUUGGACUGGUCAUCUCAGUACCCAGAAUUACUUGUAGCCUCUUACAACAACAAUGAGGAUGCACCUCAUGAGCCUGAUGGGGUGGCCCUUGUAUGGAACAUGAAGUACAAGAAAACUACCCCAGAGUACGUCUUUCACUGUCAGUCAGCGGUGAUGUCAGCUACCUUUGCAAAAUUUCAUCCCAAUCUGGUGGUUGGUGGCACAUACUCAGGCCAAAUAGUGCUGUGGGAUAAUCGCAGCAAUAAGAGAACCCCAGUGCAGAGAACUCCACUUUCAGCUGCUGCUCACACGCACCCAGUGUACUGUGUAAAUGUUGUUGGGACGCAGAAUGCUCAUAAUUUGAUUAGUAUCUCAACUGAUGGGAAAAUAUGCUCUUGGAGUCUGGACAUGCUUUCUCAACCCCAGGAUAGCAUGGAGCUGGUUCACAAACAGUCCAAGGCUGUGGCUGUUACAUGCAUGUCAUUCCCUAUUGGAGAUGUCAACAACUUCGUUGUGGGCAGUGAAGAAGGCUCUGUGUACACUGCGUGUCGUCAUGGCAGCAAAGCUGGAAUCAGUGAGAUGUUUGAAGGACACCAGGGACCAAUCACAGGUAUCAACUGCCAUGCAGCAGUUGGACCUGUAGACUUCUCACAUCUUUUUGUCACCUCUUCUUUUGACUGGACAGUAAAGCUUUGGACAACUAAGAAUAACAAACCCCUGUACUCCUUUGAAGACAACUCAGAUUACGUUUAUGAUGUGAUGUGGUCUCCAACUCACCCUGCCUUGUUUGCCUGUGUGGAUGGGAUGGGCAGGCUUGACCUGUGGAAUCUCAACAACGAUACUGAGGUGCCUACUGCAAGCAUUACUGUGGAGGGUAACCCUGCUCUGAACCGCGUGAGAUGGACACAUUCUGGGAGAGAGAUUGCUGUUGGUGAUUCAGAGGGACAAAUAGUUAUAUAUGAUGUGGGAGAGCAAAUUGCCGUUCCUCGCAGUGAUGAGUGGACUCGGUUUGGUCGAACCCUGGCAGAAAUAAACGCUAACAGAGCUGAUGCAGAAGAGGAAGCUGCAACCCGCAUACCAGCGUAGAUCUAUAACAAUAGGCAGCAGUGGUAGAAUGGUGAAUGAUUUGAUGCAAAGUGCACGUGUCAGUUCAAGUAAUAGCUUAAGGGAGGGAUAUAUGGAUCCAACUAUGGACUUUGAAAAUGUAUUAAGAUUACUGAAAAUAAGAUUAUCACUUUUUAUAUAUAAAUUACAAGCACAUACUUGGAUUUGUGUAACUUUUAAUACAGUUAACCUUGACUUUGCAAGGACCUUCUUUUGCUGAAACACUAACCUGGUGUAAAUUUGCUAUUGGGCUUCUGAAAUUUCCACUUUGUAACAGUAUGUCUGAAAAGUGAAAGUCCUGUUUCUAGGCUAAACUUUCCAUAUUACAAAGACUAGCCUUCAUUAGGUAGUUAAUCUCUGAAGCAUUCUUUAAUUUGAAUUACCCAUGAUAAUAAGCAUGCAUAUGUUCCAAGUAAGUUUCAUUGUUUAUAUAUGGAUAAGGUAGUGGGUAAUAUAUGUUAAUAAAAAAUUGUCUGUAGUUCCAAACUUGAUAAUUGGACCUGAAUUAAUGAAAUACAUAUUUAAUACCCAGAUCUUUGUUUGAAUCGGUGAAUUAAAAGGUGAGACUGAUUCAUGAAUAAAUAUUGUAUGAGCACUUGCCAACUGCCCUGACCCCUCAUCUGUGACCCUUCAGUAGUUUGAGAGUAGGGAGUUUCUGGGAGCUGCUGUUUUCAUUUUACUACAUGCACCAGAGCUGUUUUCUACCCCCACGCUCCACUUCCUACCCUGGCAGUCAGACAAAAGGAAAAAGGCUGCUGUUGUCAGUCUUUUCCAUAGGAUAAGGAACUAGAUUUUGGCUUAAUUUCUAUAGCAUGAUUAGCAUUCUAUUAACUACAGACUUGCUACUGAUUUUCCACAUAAAGACAUCUGCAUUGAUUUUUAACAGUUUUAUUGAAACAAAACUUCUCAAUGGCUUGAAACAAAAUGGUUGCAAUUUGUUAUUUUUUUUAGUAUAUCUUUCUCAUAUAUAUGAAGUUUCUCAUCAAGAUCAUUUUUGGGGUUAUGGCUUGUGGAGGACAUCAUUAUAUUGGUUGUUUGAGUUUUUUUUAGGCUGGUUGUUUUAUUUUGGUUUGGGGCUUUUUUGGUUGGUUUUGGUUUUGUUUUUCUUUGGGGGGGGGGAGAAGGUGGUUAAGUAAAUAUUCUGACCUGUACUAAUUAGGAACUAAACCAGUAUUGAUGCCUUUAACUUAGGACUUUAAGUUUGGUUCUGGUAUUCUUAAUCUGAUAUGAGUUUAUUGUUUUGCCAGAAGAGCUGUUCUAUAUGCUUAAAAGUAGGAAAUAGGCUUAUAUUCCAUAUCAGCUUUAGGUCCAGAAGUAUUAUUAUUGCUUCUACAGUAAUUGUGUUUUAAGUUUGGUUCUGGGGUUAGGUUGGUUUGGUUUUGUUUUUUUUUAUGUUUCUCCUUGUCUCUGUUCUGUUGCAAGCAGCUCACAGAGAUACAGGCAGCAAUAACAGCAGUUCUGUCUUCAGGAGGUUCUUUUUCACUGGGCUUGAAAGUGAAAUAGAUUUAGGCUUCCACUGGUGUUGACUUGUCAAAAGUCCCCCUUCAAUAAAAAGUGAUGCCGUUCACUUUGAGGAAAACACACGAGGUAAAUAUCAACUUUAUGACAGCAGCUAUCUGUCGAGAAACGUGAACAGGUACACUGUGUGAUGAUUUUUACGCUUGAGGUGCAAGAAUUCUUGUCUUUCUGUUCUGGAUGGUUGGUUGGGGUUUCUUAGCUGUGGGUAGGGUUUUUGUUUAUUUUUCCUUAAAUUGUUACUUCUCAUUUAUUAAUAAAUACAUUUCUUUCAGACUUUGUUACCAUAAAUCCAGUAGGUAAGGCUUUUUUUCAGUGGAUUGUGGCAUAAAGAUAUAGGUCAUAUGGCAUCAGUUUUCCAUAAUUUUGACCUUUUGGUAAUAUUCAAUUAUUACAUUUCAGUACUAAUUUGUAUUCAUUCCUGCUUCUGUUCCUCCCUCACAAAAUAGUUGAGUACAAGUUAAAAACGUUGUAAAGCCCAUACCUGCAAUGUGGAGACAAACAGUGAUGUUAGGUACUGUCGAUAAUCAUCCUGGGAGCCACACUGUCCAGUUUUGGAGCUGUAAGAAAUACAAAUGCUGUCUUGCAUUGGAAGUCAGUCAACAAGCUGUGACUAAGAUGAAAUGCCAGUGGUGGGUACCUGCCAUUUUUGUAUCCAACUUAGAAAAGCGCAGAACAAAACCUAGAUACAGGAGAGAGUUCCUGGGAAGCCUGUCUCUAUCUAAAAACCGGCACAGAACAGGCAACUCUUUAACCUGAACAGAAAAAAAUGAAUCCAAAUAAGGACAGGAAGCCUUCUAAUGGUGUUUAUAUUUAUAUAUAUAUAUAUGUGUAUAUAUAUAUAUAAAUACACACACAUACAUAUUUGUACAUAUGUAUGCAUGAUGCAGAAUAGUGAUCAAACUCCCAAGUUCAACAUAUUGUGACCUCUAGCUCACUAAAUAGCACCAAAUUUGUAUCUUGGUUAGAGGCUAGAACUGAAGGAGGGCUUGUCUGUACUUGCAGUGUUUAGUUUUUAAGGAGGCCUUUCUUCAUAAGCUGAUUAAAGCUCUUCAUGUUGGCCUGCUGUCACCUCAGCAAGAAAAUAACAACCUCAGGUCAGUUCAUACCACUGGGACACACUGUACUGCAGGAUGUUUGACCCCGAAAGAAACACGUAUAACUAAAGACAGGAGGUUGUCAUACUUCAGUAAGCAAGGAUGGCAACCCACCUCUCUCUCCUCUGGAGGCAGGGGUACUAUAACUACUUUUCCUCUGGCUGCAGAGACUCCCCUAUUUCCUGUGGAACCUUUGCAUUUAAAAGUUACACGAUAUAAACUUUUGGCAGACAUUAAGCCAGAAAUAGUUUAAGCUUUUUCUUUCGUCUCUCUACUCAACUGGAAUUGUAAACCAUCAGUUUUGUAUAUUACAUGAAUAUUAAAGUAUGCCUGUCUGCUUUCCAGAAUAACCUAAUCUUUCGAUUCCAGCAUAACCUAAUCUAGAUGGUAAAACAGUCUAGAAAUAAAGAGAAUGACUUCAACUUUUUUAAUAAAAAGUUUUCAGUUUGGGAAAAAUCACUCAGUAAAUUCUAAAAAAAUUAUUGAGGCUGCUAAUAACUGGCAAAUACUGUGUUUUAAAUAUGCUGCCAUAGGGGUAGGAUCUAUUACGCAUCUAGUAUUACCUUGUAUUUUGAGAGAAUUCCUUGUUAACAAAGCAGUACUGCAAAAUAAAAUACUGUAUGUGCUCAUCUAA